AUGAAUAGACGAAAAAUGCUUCAACAACAAUUAGAUGGUAUGGAACUAUGUCAAGAUAUUGAUAUGAUAGAUAAUGAUGACGACCAGUAUUACAGUGAUGUUUCCGAAAUUGAUGCUGAAAUCAUCGAUUCAGCACCUUUUCCUGAUGAAUGUCAGAAUGUAAUUACUGGUAUUGAAUCUUUUUAUCGAUGUUUUACACGACGUUAUGAGGCUUGUCCUGUAUUUUUUAUGGGUUCUCUUCAAGAUGCAUGUCGAGAAGCUUUUACUUCAACAGUAAUUAAAGAAGUUCGUUCGCAUUUACUUUUAUGA